AUGGAAACUAUUUAAUUAUUCUUCACCCCUCCAGAAACUUUAUUCUAACAAUUAUCUCUAGGUUGUGCAGAUUCAUUCGAUAAUUAAUGCCUUAUCUGUCAAGAGGGUUGGAUUAAAAACAUAUAAUUUCAGAUAUGUCAGCCUAAUUGUGGUGAUAAUAUCAUUUAAGGGGAAGAAGAAUGCGAUGAUGGAAAUUAAAUAGCUAGGAAUGGUUGUUUUGAAUGUGUGUUUUCGUGCACUGAAUUUCGCAAAACUUGUUAAUUUGGAGUUUGUUAAGAGUGUGAAAGUGGAUUUAUUAUCAAUUUGAUUCACACUUGCGAUCCCUUAUGUGGUGAUGAUAUUGUAAUUCCAUAUUCAGCAGAAUAAUGUGAAAUAAUGGAUAAUGAAACUUGAGAUGAGUGCUAGAAUUGCAGAUUUCAUUAAGGAGCAAAUUGUAGAACCUCCUAUUACUCUAAAUGUUUAGAAUGUAAUCUAGGAUUUUACAAUUAAGAAUAUUCCUGUUACCCUUAUUGUGUAGUUAAAAUUAUCCUCAAAUAGUACGAAGAUUGCGAUGAUGGGAAUGAGCAACCCUUUGAUGGUUGUUAUGAGUGUAAGUAUCAAUGCAUAUAAGGUUGCAAUAUUUGUGAUCAUGGAUUAUACAUAUUAAAAUGCGAUGAUGGAUAUAAAUUUGCUAAUAAUAGUUGUAUUUCAAUUUGUGGAGACUAAAUUAUCAAUAAAGAAGAGGAUUGUGAGGAUGUCAACUAAGUAGAAUUUGAUGGUUGCUAUAAUUGUAAACUCUCUUGUCCAAAAAAUUGCAAAGAAUGUUAUAAAGGUAUUUGUUAAGUUUAGUUCUAAAAAUAUUUAUUCUUUAAAAAUUACACAAAAAUAUUCCAUAACAAUACAUGUUUAGGUUGUGAUAAUUAGUAUUAAUUAUCUAAUUCAAAUGAAUGCAAAUAAAAUAUCUAAUGCGGAAAUGGAUUGCUUUAGGAAUCUGAGGACUGCGAUGAUGGAAAUGAUUUCGCUAUAGAUGGAUGCAAAAAAUGUAGAAUAGAUCCUAAUUGGGUUUGCGAUAUCUUAACAACUAAUUCUCCAAGUUAAUGUAUUUUUGUUAAAUCUCCAAAUUUAUUUGUUAGUUAUCUUAAUAUGACACAGAAUAAAUAAUAUAUAAGCAUCUUAUUUAAGUUAAUAGGUAAAAAUAUAUACCUAAUAACUACUUUCUGAAACCUUCGUUUUUCAAUUAGAAAACUUAAAUAAGAAAAUGUGGAAUUACAAUUUACAAAUAAUCUAGGAUGUUGGAUUAUAUGCCAAUUUUGGAGAGUAUGUUUUGGAAAUUUAAGUUUAUUAACUACUUGAAUUUUGAAAAUCUCAAUUAAUCAGAAGGGCUAUAGUAAAAUUGA